CUACGACGACAGGAGCAACGCCCAGCUGAUCGAAUCGCGGAGGGUCAACAGCACCCGAAAUGGAGCAACGAAGAACGAAGAGAUAAUCGGAACAAAUGCCACUUUGGACAGCAAAGUCAUCAACGAGAGACAAAGAGAGAAAGUCAACAACACAGAAAGGCACUUCAUCAGCGCUCAAGCGAACGCCAUCAUCGUGGCCUCACAAACGGAUAAACGAGUGGACAUGGAGUCAGAAACGGUGGACAAGGUCGCGAAGAAAGGCUACCGGAGGCAUUUCGUGAAAGGAAUCCGGAGAGCUCACAACACCGAGCAGUUCAUCCACAACAAGAAUGAGCAUCUAGUCCGAGGGACGACCGCUUUCUCUGACAUCGUUCAGAAAGAUGUCGCUGUGAACCAGACCCACGCCGACUCCUCAGGAAUGGCUGCGCUGACAAAGCGAACCAACAUGAAACAGAACAUGGUCGGCGCCAAGAGCAAAGGAUUCGCAUUUGGCUUUCAGAUUCACAUCGGCGGUGCCUGCUACUCCGGGUCUGCCAACAAGACCAAAUGGAUGGGGCCCCUGACCAAGCCAGAUUCAGCAUUCAGUUGCCUGUGCAGCUGCGUGAAGGAAAACAAGUUCUUCUUUGCCAUCAUUGAGGGCGGCGCCUGUUUCUGCACCAACAAAUACGGUCAGUUCGGUAACAAAACGGGCUACAUCACAACAGAUGGUAAAUGCCACAAGCCAGGCGUACGAGCGAUUUACAACAGCCUUAACCACACGCACGAGCUGGUCAAGUUCUGCGGCAGAAAGCUGAAAGGGAGCGGCAUCACCGAAUUCCUUCAGAAAAAGGACAAUACCGGACACCGUUUUGUUGACUUCAAGAGCAGUGAAACUCUCCUGGCUAGAAUAAAUUCCAGCUCUUUGGCAGGCACGCACGUCAAUAGCUCGGAUGCAGAGGUGGCCAAGACUGUGAACCGUUGGCACAAGAAGAACGGCACCAUCACUACCGACUGGAAGUCCCACUUAGCCGCAGGACCUAUCAAGAACCAGUUCCGCCUUCGCCUGCACGUGAAGAAGCUGCACAACUUCACGGAGAGCCUGAACCUGACGACGCGGCAGGAUGCGGUCAUGGUCCACAGUGCGCGGGGCGUGCCGUUCCGGCCGCCAAAGAGGCCCAUCUUCCACUGAGCGGCCGCCGCCGCCGGCCCGCCGGCGUGGCGCGCUGACCGAGGCCGUUGCUGGUGCUGCCGGCGCCGGGCGCGCGGGCCGGCCCGGGCUCGGUGUGUCACCGGGACUGGGGAAGUGCGCCCAGUCAUGGCGCCGGUGCGCCGCGCCGCGGGCGGCCUCGUGCCCAGACGUUACGCUGUCGAUGCGGCCGGCUGCUGGGUCCGCGUCCCAUCCUGACUUGGCGAUCAGCUGCCAUCGCUGCGCUGCGGUGGUCUGCUGGCCACCACCGGUCGAUUCCUGCUCUGCACGACUGUGAAAGCUGGCCAGCAUCUGAUUCGGGCUAAUAUUGCUGUUAUCACGGACCUGCCACCUAUGGAGUAAAUUGCGUUGUGCGAGACCGUUUCGGUGUGCAGUUUGUGCUUUCAUGAAUGGCCAAAUCCGCCAGGAUACAGUGCGGGUGCAUAUUGGACGCGCGUGUCUUAGCUGUGAACGAAGUGAUACUUUUUACAUACAGUGGAUCGGUACGUCGGGAGAGAUGGCUAUCUGGAUCAUCUGUGGCGAACCCACGGCUGCGAUGUGUCACGACUGUCAGGUAAAGUCGGAUGAUUGGCUGGGCCGAGGUGAACGUCACACAAGGUGAACAAAAGUUGACAGUAGAGAUGAGCACACAAAUCCAUGAAAUAGGUCAUGUACUUGUUAAUAUGUUAAUUUUCAGCGGUUCACGAAUCUGGACUGUUCCAUACAUACUUCGCG